AUGGCUUCCAUAGGGUCGUUUGACCCCAGUGACCCCACUGUGGGUCCGUCCCUGCUGGCAUUUGGUGCCGAUGGAAACCUUCUCUUGGCCGAUGCCGAUGGCCGAGUGGCUAGGCAAACUAACACUGCCAACAAAAAUGUGGUAGGGUUUAAGUUGCUUCCAAAUGGUGACUUAGUCCUACAUUGCUCAAAGGGCAAUUUUGUUUGGCAAAGCUUUGAUUACCCAACAGACACCUUAUUGGCGGGCCAAGCUUUGAGGGCUGGUCUUGUGAUCUGGGCCUCAGAGAAAGAUAACUCAAAUGGGCUUUACAUCUUGGUGUUGGACAACGUGGCAUUGAGCUUCCAGCCCACGUCGGAAUUAGAUGAGGCUCAUGCUUUUUCCAUAAGCUUAAAGCAAACUCGCAUGUCUUCCCUAAUAGGACCUGAAAGUCUAGCUAGACCCAAACACAAUAGUACAGUCUCAUUUCUUAGGCUUGGAUUUGAUGGAAAUCUUCGGGUUUACACUUGCCGGAGCAAUGUGGGAAAUUUGGGGUUUGUGAGGACAACCAAUGUGUUGCUUGCCCAUUGCCCUAUGGACUGA